AUGGAGUCCAGAGGGAAGUCGGCCGGCAGCCCCAAGCCUGACACCAAGGCACCCCAGGCCCCUGCUGAGCCCAAAGGCCCCCCGGCUGCUGAUGGGAAAGCCCCUGGGGCCGCGUCUGCCAAGCCCGGGAAAAAGGAGGCCCCUGUGGAGAAGCAGGAGCAGCCAGCGGCCCCCACCCCGGCGCCCGCCAAGAAGACCCCAGCCAAGGCAGACCCUGCCCUCCUCAACAAUCACAGCAACCUGAAGCCGGCCCCCGCAGCCCCCAGCACCCCCGAUGCAGCCCCGGAGCCCAAGGGCCCUGGAGACAGCACCGAGGAGGACGAGGCUGGGAGCGGGGGGCCGGGGGGCCGAGGUCCCUGCCCCUUCGAGAACUUGGCCCCCCUGCUGGUGGCUGGGGGUGUGGCUGUGGCAGCCAUGGCCCUAGUCCUUGGUGUGGCCUUCCUGGCCCGGAAAAAAUGA